UCUGUACUUUAAUUUCCAGUUGGCCAGCGGCACAUCUUCACCUGAACUCAAGAUGCGUGCCUCUGCAACCACCCCAUUAAUGAACCAAGACGAUAUUGUGAAAGCCGUAACAGAUGUGAAUGGCUUACCAGCUAUCAGAUCCAGGACUGGAGGAUGGAGAUCCUCCUUAUACAUCAUCUGGGUGGAAGUUUCAGAGAGGUUUGCGUAUUAUGGGGCUUCGUCGAAUCUUAUAACCUACCUCACUGAUUACUUGAACCAGAGCACAGUCACAGCCGCCAAGAAUGUGAAUGCCUGGUCUGGUGUUGCGUCCCUUCUUCCUCUUCUUGGGGCCUUCGUUGCAGAUUCGUAUCUCGGUAGAUACAAGACCAUCAUCAUCUCCUCCCUAAUUUAUCUAUUGGGCCUUGUUCUAUUGACCCUCUCGGCCAUCCCCCCGUCUCUUCGUCCCAAUUCCUGCGCGAACGACAACAAAUUGGGGACUGAAACAUGCGUGUCAAGCUUCCAAGUGGGAUUCUUCUUCUUUUCUCUGUACCUUGUAGCCUUCGGCCAGGGUGGUCACAAGCCAUGCGUGCAGGCCUUUGGGGCUGACCAAUUCGACGAAGAAAACACAGAGGAAAAGAAAUGGCAGAGCUCAUUCUUCAACUGGUGGUACAUGGGUGUAUGUGGAGGUGGCCUCCUUGCUGUGUCUUUGGUUAUGUACAUUCAGGACGAUAUCGGAUGGGGUUUAGGGUUUGGGAUCCCUGCGAUCGCCAUGGCUGUUGCUCUUUUGGUGUUUAUUUUGGGGAGGAGGAGUUACAGGCUCGCUGUGAUGGGGGAUGGGAGCCCAUUCACUGGAAUUGCCCAAGUCUUUGUUACAGCUUAUCGGAAGAGAGAUGGUCUGGUGAGAGGAGAAGGUAGUGAUGUUGAAUUGGUUUGUGAGAACUGCCCUGAAUCCAGAAGCCUCGCCCCCACCAACCAAUUCAGGUGCUUAGACAAAGCGGCCAUUCCUGAUGAGCUUGAUGUAGCCUCAUGCUCGAAGAACAAAUGGAGGAUUUGCACUGUCACACAAGUGGAAGAAGCUAAGCUUUUGCUGCGACUGUUGCCCAUCUGGGGUAGCUGCCUAGGCUAUGCUGUCAUCUUCGCGCAGUCUUCGACAUUUUUCACGAAGCAAGGCAAGACCAUGGACAGAUAUUUAGGAUCUUCCUUCCAGGUUCCAGCCGCUGCCCUCCAGUCAUUCAUAAGCUUGGGCAUUAUGCUCAUAGUUCCCUUUUAUGACCGCAUCUUUGUCCCAAUUGCUCGUAAGAUCACAAGCAAACCAAGUGGGAUUUCAAUGUUACAAAGGAUCGGUAUUGGCAUGGUGAUAUCAGUUAUUUCCAUGGUAUUGGCAGCUCUUGUAGAAUCAAAGAGGCUGCAAAUAGCUAAGGAGCAUGGUCUACUAGAUGAUCCUUAUGCUAUGGUCCCAAUGAGUUUUUGUUGGUUGAUACCGCAAUACCUAUUUUUUGGCAUGGCGGAUGUGUUCACGAUGGUGGGGUUACAAGAGUUCUUUUAUAAUCAGAUGCCUGAUGGGUUGCGAAGCUUGGGGGCUGCCCUUUACUUGAGCAUUAUCGGUGUGGGGAGUUUCUUGAGUAGUGCAGUGAUCACAAUUGUUGAGAUGGUGAGCACAACUAGUGGUGGGGAGAGUUGGUUCGCUGAUAACCUCAAUCGCGCUCACCUCGACUAUUUUUACUGGCUGUUGGCUGUUCUUAGUGGUGUUUUCUUCUGCUUGUUUGUCUGCUUAGCUAGUCACUAUACCUACAAGAGAGAGAAUUUAGUUCUAUAAUGAGAAAAUAGAGAGUUUGUCCUCUGCAACAAUGGUUGUUUGGUAUAUUUAUUGUUGGUUAUAUUGAUAUCAAUGAAAAAUUCUUGUGUGCUUUCCCUGUCCUCAA